GUUUUGUCUCUGCGGUUUCUGGUUUUCUAGAAAUUAGCAUCUUUGGGUCGUCUCUAUAGCAAUUACAAAUCAAACAUGAAAAAGAAACAGAGCACUGAGACAACGCGAGAAAGAAAGAAGCUUUACUCUGUUCUUUGAGGUGCUUGUUUGGAUUACCAACUGUCCGGUUCAAUUAAUUACCUCUGACUCUUCCUCAACCGGUUUCAUGGAUGCUUGUUCUUCCUUAGCUCAGUCCACCAAAAGCGGCGGUAGUGGAAGAGUGAAUAACAGAGAUAACGACCAGCGGAGACCUCAUGGCCGUGGCGGUGGAGGAGGCAAAGAUAAAGUGGACGCGCUUGGGAGACUCAUGACGCGUGUCUUGCGACACAAGGCUACUGAGCUGAGAUUGAACAUGCGAGGUGAUGGGUUUGUUAAAGUUGAAGUCUUGCUUAAGCUUGAGUUGAAAACGUCUGCAAACAUUCAGUUGAAGUCACAUACGGUUGAUGAGAUCAAAGAGGCAGUGAGAAGAGACAAUAAGCAACGUUUUAGCCUUGUGGAUGAGAAUGGAGAGCUCUUGAUUCGCGCUAACCAAGGCCACUCCAUCACUACUGUUGAAUCCGAAAAGUUACUUAAACCAAUAUUGUCACCUGAAGAAGCUCCAGUGUGUGUACAUGGAACUUACCAGAAGAAUUUGGAAUCGAUUUUAGCAUCUGGUUUAAAGCGUAUGAAUAGAUUGCAUGUUCACUUUUCUUGUGGCUUGCCAACAGAUGGUGAAGUAAUAAGUGGCAUGAGGAGAGAUGUUAAUGUCUUGAUCUUCCUAGACAUCAAGAAAGCUCUUGAAGAUGGAAUUGCGUUAUACAUUUCAGACAAUAAGGUGAUUCUGACUGAAGGCAUUGAUGGUGUAGUUCCUGUUGAUUACUUCCAAAAGAUCGAGUCUUGGCCUAGUAGGCAACAAAUACCUUUCUGAUUUUGUAAGCGUUUGUAUCUUUGCAACGUUUUGGUUGAUGAAAUCAAAUAUUUGUUCAGAGAUACAAGUUACACCUAUUAUAUACUAUUUACAAUCAUGUUUUGAUAAUGUUUGCACAUUAGUA